AUGAACUCAUUCCUAACCCAUGGCUGUGCGGAUCACCAAUUCCGUCAUGACAAGAUCAAGGUUUAUGUCCACCGAAACUACAGCUACAGGAGGAUCAUAAUUCACCUCUCAACACGAGAACUGUUGCAGAUUCAAGACAAGGACGUUUCCAAGUAUCUGCAGGGACUUAUCACCAACCACAAGACCCGUAUCGAGAGCGGCGGCGGCGGGUUCCUUGCUGCCUUCUUGACGAUCUGCACUUACCACAAGGGUAUCACCUGA